CAGUGUAUUGCAAAAUGCAAACUAGAAAAAUAAAGAAUCCGAUCCAAUAGCAAACAAUUUCGUGGAUCGUGGAAUUGGAGUUCAUAACAUUAAAGAUUAAUAAGAGUUUUUAUACAUAUUUUUGUAAUACAUAUUUGCUUGUUGUGUAAUUAGCACAAUAUAUUGUAAAAGUGGUUAAUAGUUCAGUGAAAUAUAAAUAAGUUUUCCUGUUUUAUACAAUUAUGUGCGGCACCGACAAAAAACUAGGCGAAAUGAGGGCUUUGAUCUUAGUUGGUGGUUACGGGACUCGAUUGAGACCUUUGACUUUAAGUAGGCCAAAGCCUUUGGUCGAGUUUGCAAAUAAACCAAUUCUAUUACAUCAAAUAGAAGCUUUGGUGGAGGCUGGAGUAACACAGGUCAUAUUAGCUGUGUCAUACAGAGCAGAGGAUAUGGAAAAGGAAUUAACAGAGAAAGUGGCCAAACUAGGUGUGUCCCUAACAUUUUCCCAUGAAGUGGAACCUCUGGGCACAGCGGGGCCCAUAGCCCUGGCGAAAAACCUAUUGAGCAAGAGCUCCGAGCCAUUCUUUGUUCUAAAUUCGGACAUCAUAUGUGAUUUUCCUUUCAAAGAACUUUACAAAUUUCAUAAAUCACAUGGAAAGGAGGGAACAAUAGUAGUUACAAAGGUAGAGGAGCCAUCUAAAUACGGAGUUGUUGUAUAUAAAGAGGAUGGACAGAUUGAGAGCUUCGUGGAGAAACCACAGGAGUUUAUUUCCAAUAAAAUUAAUGCUGGCAUGUACAUUCUAAACCCAUCAGUCCUGAGCAGAAUAGAGCUGCGGCCCAUGUCGAUAGAAAAGGAGGUGUUCCCGUUCAUGGCGAAGGAUGGGCAGCUGCUAGCCAUGGAGCUGCAGGGCUUCUGGAUGGACGUGGGCCAGCCGAAAGACUUCCUUACUGGAAUGUGCCUUUACCUAAACAGCUUGCGUCAAAAGGAAUCAAACAAGUUGUACGACGGUCCGGGUGUGGUGGGUAACGUGCUGAUCGACCCGACGGCGACUAUCGGCAAGGGCUGCCGGAUUGGACCCAACGUGACUAUCGGGCCUGGAGUUGUCAUUGAAGAUGGUGCAUGCAUAAAGCGCAGCACAAUCCUCCGCAGCGCCUGCGUCAGACAGCACGCGUGGCUCGACAGCUGCAUCAUCGGCUGGCGCUCCGUCGUGGGCCGCUGGGUCCGCAUGGAGAACUGCACCGUACUCGGCGAAGACGUCAUCGUGAAGGACGAGCUUUACGUCAACGGCGGGCAAGUGUUGCCACAUAAAAGCAUCGCGUUGUCUGUGCCCGAACCACAGAUUAUAAUGUAACGAGCGUUUGUAAAGGCCGGUACAGACGGGAUGCAAUUUGUUUGGGAAGUGUAAUAAUUUCAAAUGCGAUUUAUAUUGCUUGUGAAUUUAAUAAAUGAAAUGAAAUGUACGGUUUCCAUGUAAAUUGCCUGCAGAUUAUAGUCCGUUUGUACCGACUGUAAGAGCUGCGAAGUUUUAAGUUUUUUUUUGUUGGCUUCUGAAUUCGCAUGAAAUCAGCGUCAUACUUCACGAAGACGUUCGGUGAAUUAACUUUCUCUUGCCACUCGUUGGCAUAUUAUAACGUCUUUGUAACUAAUAACUUCCAUGGUGACAAGUGAGAAAUCGUCUCAAUUGCGUGAAACUUGCCUUAAAAGCUCUUAAAGCCUAACCAGAAAUGUAUGAUUAUUGUCAGGAGGGCGCUGUUAUUCUGAUGUAUGGGGUAUUGGGGUGACAGUUCAGUUAGUAUGAAGAAAAUAGUUCUCAUGAAAUUCCGCAAGAUGGCGCGUAGUCAUAUAUUUCUGGUCAGGGUUUACACGGUUAUUUGAUUUCACUAGUAGGUACUUACUGUUGUUGCAUAUUAGUGCAUAUAGAGGUCCAAAUACAAUACAUACAUUUUUUUUCGCAGUUCUUACAUAAGUUCAUAAGAAUCAUAAGAGAGAUACUAAUUUAGUCUCAAAAUGUGAAUCGAUAUUUGUAUAAUAUGCUUUUACAAUUAUUUAAAGACAAUACUAUUUUUAUUUUUUCAUUAGAUAUUAUAUAACUUUCACAGUAAGAAAGUUGACUGCGAGAGAGAAUUAUAAUUAUAUUAUUUUUAGCUUUAUUGUAGUUUUAAUAAUUUGUACCUAGAACUUGUUUCUUAAAAAGAUGCAUUGUCAUAUAUUUACAAUAGUAAUUUAAUUUGUAUUUUUAUAGUAUAAAUAUCAUAUUUUUUGUUUUGUUUUUACUAUAAUUACGUUUUGUUCCAAUGUAAUGAUAAACUGAAUAGCUAGCUUUUUAGAUUGCCCUAAUAAAUUGAGAUAUGGUCUUUGAUAAAUGAUAUUUUAACUUUUUAAGUAUAGGUACGAUUAUCUCUUAAAUAAGAGCAAUGGCAGUACCAUUUUUAAAAGAAACUGUUAUCUAAUUUUGAUCUUACAUUUUACCCUACUCGGAUGCUAGUAGGAUUAAAUUCCAUACAUUUUAAUUUAUAUUAUUUUAACAAACUUGUAACAUUCCGUUGUAAGUUUUUGCGCUGGUAUGUUGUUCUUGCAUAUUGCUAUUAAAUGUGGAAAAGAUGUACAGGUUUUCAAAUAAUCUUACCCCUAAUAAUAAUGUAUGGAGCCUUGAAGACCCAUCUACAUCAACUCUGCCAAAUAGCAGUUUUUUACAGUACAUCUUGUCUACAAUUAAAACUCUUAUUUCUAAAGUACAAACGAAAUUAUGAAUAAAUAAUCCUGAAUUGUAGGAUUUUUCUUGUAACUACAAUAAUGGCAAUAAACUGCCGUUUUACACCAAAAUUAGAUGUAAUUACUCCUAAGUAAAAUAAUAAAAAGUAAAUAAAUAUAUCAUUUGAACUGAAAAAGUUAGUACGUA